UGGAAGGUAGAGAGCAUUUGUGUGUGUGUGUGUGCGUGCGUGUAUUUGUUAAUUUGUGUGUGUGCGUGUGUGCGUGCGUGUGCGCGCGCGCGCAUGUAUACGCGUAUAAGUGGCUCAUUAUCCUCUGAGUCUGCUGCCAUCGCCACAGAUUCUACGCCCGCCCGCACAGGAGAGCGUAGAAGCCGCGGCACUGGUCACGGCGAAUGGCUCCAAGGGCGAGGGAGGAAUGAGUGUCGGGAAUUUUCGUCGUCGGAAUGCGGCGUCUCCUUGCGAUUAUCCCGGCGGCUUAUUCCACGAGAGAGAGAGGGCCGUUUGGGGGCAUAUCGAGACACGCUCAUUUAUGCAUUUUAUUGUUUAUGUGUCAUUUUACUCCCGGUGUUUUUUUUGUUUUUUUUACAUCAUUUCUUUUUUAUUCAUUUUUUUCUUCGUACUCUUUUUGUUUUGAUCAUUCUUGUUUUCCCUCCAUCUCAUAUCGUUCAGAUCCGGCGUCGUAGCGUAGACAAGAGAAAGUGGUGUUGGAAAAAGGUGUCGAAGGAAAGGAAACGAAGAGAGAAAGAGAGAAAUGAGGGAAAGAGUUGAAACGUGUCAAAAGGCUCUCACGGGUACGCGGUGUCAGUGCCGAGUGACGCCGGACCCGCGCAGGUCAUACAGUGUGCGCUGACAGCGGAGGUGGGAGAAGCACAAGCAGUAUUGUGCAAACGAGUGAUUUUGCUUCGUGCAGUUGGGUCGUUGUUUGCGAUGAUUUUGAAUGUGCAAAAUCGCCUUGAAGUUCUUUAUUGCCGAGAGAAAUGUGUAUUCAUUCCAAAUGUGGUGGUGAUUCCAGGUGACAGUAAACAGUAGUGUGCAAACAAGACGCGUGCGAGUGAUUCCAGCGCCGUGAGGUGACGCGUCGCCAUGGGGGAGUAAGACCCCCUUUGUCACGCCCAUCCCCUGUGACGAUACCAUGAGGGCGCGAGUGUGUCCCGCGGGCGGCGCCUAGCCGUACACCCCCCUCCCUUCCCCCAUCCCCACUCCCCCUACCUAUCAUCAGUACGCCAGGAUGAGCACUGGGAACUUGUCUGUGGUGGGGACGUCCCCCGGGGGCGCCGCGCCGGGGGCCCUCGCCAAGCUCUCGGGGCUGCACGAGUGGCUCUCGCUCGAGAACCGCCGCGUCAAGCAGUGGUGGUCCACGCGCUCAGGAACCGACCUCCACAAGAUCUACAUGAACCAGCUGCAGGACACCGACGAGUUGCGGUCGCAGCUGAACGAGCAGCUGCGGGCGUUGGACGGGCGCGUGGACACGCAGACGGCGCUGGUGGCGGAGCUGCAGGACUGGUUCAGGCGGAGGGCAGAGCUGCACCAGGACUACGCCGCCAAGCUCGACAAGCUCGCCAAGUCGCUGCAGGCCAGGCACAAGGAGCAGCGCAUCAAGCGUGAACAGCUGCAGUUGUUCAGUGUGUACAGUUGUUGGAAUUCUCUAGUAAACCAAACGAGAAAAGAUGCGCGGGACCAGGCGGCCAUGGCUGAUGUCUACCUCAACAACAUCAUUCCACGAUUUACACAAGUGCAGGACGACUUGCAGAGAAUCUACAAAAGGUGUCGAGAGAUUGGUUACGAGAGCCAUGAAGAGCUGCUUAAGGUACUGCAUGAGUUGCACACCACCAUGCGGACCUACCACACUUACCAGACGGAGUUCAAGAAUGCUGAGACCAAGCUGAGGAACUUCGAAGCCCAGAGGACCAAGCUGGAACAGGCCAUCCCUAAGGAAAAGCUGGAAAAGAGCAAGAAGUUCCGUAUGAUCGAGAAGGAGAUUCAGAAGAGAAGCAACAAAUACAUGGACGCUAAGCUGAAGGCACUGAAAGCCCGCAACGAGUACAUCCUUUCUAUGGACUCCGCUAAUGCUGCCAUCCAUAAGUACUUUGUAGAGGACUUGUCAGAUAUUGUUGAUUGUAUGGACUUUGGAUUUCACAGUAGCAUAGCCCGUGCUCUCCUCACACAUGUGUCCGGACAAGAAUGUGUCAGGAGGAGCUUGCAGAGUGGUAUUGACGAGUUGAACAAGACUAUCAACAACCUUGAUUCUCGCCUAGACAAGCAGAGAUUCCUAGAACAGAACAAUGCGGCCUUCAUGCUCCCUAAGAAGUUCGAGUUCCAAGGCCAUAAAGGAGAUGAGACUCAUGAGGAUGCCACUGUGAAACAGGUGAACCAGGUGGUAGUUAAUCGGCAAGUACAAGAGGAGAUGGAAAAACGGUAUGCGCACCUAGUCUCGAGACUGACGAGCCUCAAAACAGAAUCGGAAGAAACAUGGAAGACCAUUGAAACUGCUGAAAAGACGCUGAUGGAGAUGAUCAACCAAAGGGACUAUGACUGUGCGCACUACUUCAUUGACGAACCUCGUGCAGAUAACAAGCAACCUGAGUCUAUGCUGAUUAAAAUGAAAGCAGACAGACAAGAAACAGAAGAUUUCUACUUAGGGAAAUUCCGUGAGUAUGUCUUAGGAGGUAACCUGAUAACCCGACUACAAGCACGUUAUGAAUUAAUGCGCAAGGCUUUAGGAGACGAAACUCAUACAACUUCUUCACCCACUCCAACAAGCAUUGUCAACAGGAACCUCGUGAACAAACCACGCCGAAGGCGAAUUGGGCGCAACCCGCUGAUGGGCCAACCCAAGCUGUUUGGUGGAUCAUUAGAGGAGUACCUGGAAGCAACAAGUCAGGAUAUUCCAUUAAUAAUGAAGUCUUGUAUCAGAGUCAUCAAUCUCUAUGGGUUGCACCACCAAGGAAUCUUCCGAGUGUCAGGGUCGCAGCUGGAAAUCAACAACUUCCGUGAGUCAUUUGAGAGGAUGGAAGACCCGCUGGCAGAUGUUACCGAUGCGUCUGACAUCAACAGCGUUGCUGGUGUCCUCAAGUUGUACUUGCGGGAGCUCAGAGAACCACUCUUCCCCACCGUCUUCUUUGACCAGUUCAUGGAGAUUGCUCAGUUAGAGAAGAAGCAUGACUUUGUUGUCAAGAUGAGAGAUGUUGUGACCAGUCUUCCUCGGCCAGUCUUCAUUGUCAUGCGCUACCUCUUUGCAUUCCUUAAUCACUUGUCAGAAUUCAGUGAUGAGAAUAUGAUGGAUCCCUAUAACUUGGCUAUAUGUUUUGGACCCACGCUGGUGCCAAUACCUGAAGACAAGGACCAGGUGCAGUACCAAAACUUAGUCAACGAACUGAUCAAGAACAUCAUCAUCUUCAGUGAGGACAUCUUCCCUGGUGAUGGGGGCCACACGUACGAGAAGUUCAUCUCGCGGGACUCAAUAGACCUAGAUGCUGACAUGGGUGACGCGCCCUCAGAAGCUCACGAUGACGUAGACUCAGAACAAGGACAGUCUGAAGAUGAUUCUGUAUUUAGAGACAAAGACAUUCAACUUCAGAUAUUUGGAAAGAGCGAGAUUUUAGAAGCUAUAGCACAAUUUGACUUCAUAGCGAGGUCGGAGCGUGAACUGAGCUUCUGCAAGGGAGAUGUGUUGAUGCUCCACUCGCAGGUCUCUGGUGACUGGUGGAAAGGGUCAUUUCAGGGUAAACACGGCCUUAUCCCAGACAAGUACAUUCUGCUGAAGAUAAGAGAUGAAGAUAAAGAUCGUCUGAGUGAGAGAAGUGCUGCGGAGAUGCUGCGAAGACGUGUUUCCUCAUCCUCAGAGUCCAUUCUUUCCUCCUCGACUCAGCAAUCCUCGGAAGGAGUGAUUAAACCAAGUGCGCAAAACGGAGCAGCGCAAGCACCACUCUCUCCAUCUCCUGCAUCAGCACAGAGUCAAGAGUCGUGCGCGAGCCCCGUGAGUCGUGAUGGCCAAGGAGGCACCUCUUCCUCGCAAGGGCUCGACUCGGGCGGGGGACCAGAAGGGGCACAAGCAGACGGGGGACGCUCAGCCUCACCGCUGCCUACCACUCCAGGGCAGGCCUCCCACUCCCCCACCCCCCCACACUCCCUUCAACACGGGGCUUGUCUCUCCCUCUCAGAUGUGUCAAGUGUCGUGUCUGUCCAGGAGGAGGCAGGGGAGCUCAGCACUAGUGAAUGCACUCUGCAAGUCACCAUGCCGGGUGAAGGUGGAAGUGUUGCCCCCUCCUCCCCCAGUUCCCCCCAGCCCCCCCAGCACUCUCCCUGCCACCUCACUGAGCCGGUGACCCAGUCUGUGGCCCCUGCACUGGUGGAGGAAGCAGUUGGGCAGGAGGUCGAAAUGGAGGAGCCUCAGAAGAGCAAAAACAUGGAGCAACUGAACCUUACAAACUCGUCGAGCCCAGUAGGGGGUUCGUUGUUCUCCCGCAGCAUGCAUGAGGUGCAGGAAGACAGCGACCGACCUGGGGGGAGCACCUGGGAGCAGAGACCCAGGCGGCCCUCACAAGGCUCCAACCUCUCCUCUAGCAGUUCAGAGGAACUCAACUACUCUGCACCUUCGCCUCGUACCUUCUGGGAGAGACGAAGCAAAGUGAAACCUGUCAUUGGCGCUCCAGACCUAGUGAUGGACUUACCCGUCACGCCCCUGUCGUCUUCCCCCAAAGAGCAAGGAGGCACCAGUCCCAGGUUCCGUCGCACACACCACCUCCACCGCGAGAGCCAGAGUUACGAGAGUUCCUCAUCUUCUGGGGGUUCCUCACCUGGCACACAGUCCCCUGACAUGACUGGAGGGGAAGUGUUUGCAAAACAGAACCAAUGUACCUUAAAAAAGAAUCCGGCCCUUAAGACUUUUGGCGGUUACAGCACUGAUGCCCAAACUCAGACGAUUGUUCCGGUCAAGGUGUCUCCGCUUGUCACCCAGAGAAGUGCUGAUGCCACAGAACUGAGGAUAACAGAGGCAGAAGAACCUUCAGUGUCAAGCAUUGUGCGAAACUUAGACAAUGUCAUGCAACAGCUGGACUCGGAGAUGAGGAGUGACCGCACAGAGCGCACCUCAGAAGUCCGUGUUGAGAUUCGAUCAGCAUCAGAAAAGACUCCAGAGGUGGCGGUUCCUCCUUCCACACCCAAGCUUGCAGCACGGUAUCUCCAAGCAGUUGCAGCCUCAACUGGUGGCACAACACCUUCCCUGAAACCCCAGGUCCGGGCCAAACCAGUUGUGCACAAAAAGCCCUCGUUAACCAGGAGUUCGCCAGAGCCAGACCCAUCAAAAUAAAUGAUACAGGUUCUGAAGAGUUAUGACUAGGAAAUAGACUUGUGCAGUAAUAGAAGACUGGUUCCAUAAGGACAAAAAUAUCUUUCCAAAAAACAAAAAAGAUAAUUAAUAGUAUUUUGUUACGAUAAUCAGAGAACUAAAAGAUUAUUCCAAUUAGAAUGUUCUUAUAAAGUGUACUUGGAAUUAUAUCAGUUACUUUUAAAUUGUAUUUAUGCCUAGAAAUACAGUGUUGUUAAAUUAGUGAAUGAAGAAAAAUAUGGAAUGGAUGAAAGAAAAUUGAUAAUCAUAUGGAGAGGACUCUGCAUUUUUUUAUUAUGAUGUUGAGAGGACUCUGCAUUUUUUUAUUAUGAUAUUGAGGGGAAUUGCAUUUAAUAUACUGCCAGGAGUCUUGAAAUUAUUGCACAAUAUAUAUACAUACAUAAAUAUAUUUAUAUAUAUACAUACAUAUACAUAUAUAU